AUGGUGCAACUCCCGAGAUUUGCAGCUCUCAAAUCAAAGUACAACGACAACUACUUGGGUUAUAUCAAUGAAACUUGUUCGCCGGUACGUCCGUUUCUACAAUACUCGGGAAAAGAUAUUCUUAGUCCAUUCACAAAGUUUGAGUUCGAGCAAGCUAGAUGUGACCCAUCUUUGUUCCAUAUAAAAUGUUGUUACAAUAAUAAGUAUUGGGUUAGCUGGGCUUGUGACCAUCAUUUUAUUGUAGCGGGAGCUGACCAUAAAGAGGAAGAUAGAUAUAAAUGGACAUGCACGUUAUUUCGUCCCGUAUAUGAAAGUUGUCAUCAAUCUUAUAGAUUUUGUCAUGUUCGUCGUGGUUUCAACGUGGUCUUGUGGAGGGGUGGUCCUCCGUUUGGAGAAUGCUUACGUGCACAAUGGUCAGAUCCCGAUAGAGAUCUUUGUGAUCUCAGUAUAGUUAUUAAUUGGGAAUCAAUAUGGUCGUUACCAAAAUAUAUUGCUUUUAAAAGUGAUAAUGGUUCCUAUCUUAGUGCUCGUUUGAUUAGCCAACUUCCGUAUCUACAAUUCUCGUCCAAAAGCAUCGACGAUCCUAGCAUUCAGAUGGAGACAUUCAUCACAAACGAUGGAAAAAUUCGCAUAAAAUCAAUUUUCUUCCAAAAAUUUUGGAAACGCGGUACUUCUAAUUGGAUUUUUGCUGAUUCUACUGAUGAUAGCUCGGAAAAUCUCGAUACUUUAUUUUCACCGACUCAGGUGUCUUCCACCGUUGUUGCUUUACGUAACUUAGGUAAUGGCAACUUUGUCAAACGAUACAGUCUUGCUAGCAAAGCGAACUUUCUCAACGCUGGAGCCAAAGAAAUUGAUAGCUUUUCACACUUACAAAUGGUCGAGCCUAUUCUUUCAAGAGAAAUCAGCAACGUAAUGUUUUAUCUUUCCGAGGCUAGAAUCUAUGAUGAAGCUGUUAUCGUGUUAGCAACUAAAGAAGUCACAAAUAAUUUCCACGUACCAAGCACUCUAUGUAUCCCGUUCUCAUAUAUAAACACUAGAUAUAGCAAAUGGGCUUCUUCAAUCUCAAUGAAAUUGGAUGUCAAGACAACAAUUGACUCGGGAGUUCCCCUCAUUGUUAACAGAAAGAAGAUCGAGACAUUAUCAACUAAGUUUUCGGGAGAAUACAAAUGGGGAGAAACCAUAACAAUAUCGAAGACAAAAGAGAUAAAAUACGAGAUAACUGUACCACCAACGAGCACGAGUAUCGUUACCUUAUAUGCAACUAAGGGCUCGUGUGACGUUCCGUUCUCAUACAAACAAGUUGACAUCCUCAUCGGCGGGAAAGAAGUUGAAUCUUAUUUAGCUGACGGUAUUUACCAUGGCACCAACUACUACAAUCUUAAACAUGAAGUUAAAACUAAACAAAUCUGUGGAUGUCCUAACGAAUAA